AUGUCGGUCUUUGCUCCUGUGGUUAACAUCUGCUCUCCAGACUGGGUGCUCACCCUGUAUGUUUGUGAUACUAAGCUACCCAGCAAGGUGGAUUUUCAAGAUGUGCAUGCCAGAACUGUGGCUGAGAGGAGAAGGGAAGAAGAGAAGCAAAAACGAUUGGAUAACAUUUACAAAGAAAAAGCCAAAAGAGCUGAAAAAGAAAUGGAAGAAAUGUCUGAAGAGAUUGCCGACACACUGACAGAGAUGGAAAACUGUUUCCGGCUUCUGAUGCCAGAUCCUUUCGACUUCACUGUGAAUGACACGGAACUGGAACCCAACGAACAAAUGACUGCUAAUAAGGAUAGACCUGCAUCCCCCUCAUCCUUCCAGAUGGAAGUUAACCAGUCCUAUUUUGGAUGCAUGGAUGAUGAACAGCCAUGCUGCAGCAAGGACGUCCUUUCUGUUUCUCAGUGUGUUAGAACUGAUAAAGAGUUAGAGGAGAAACAGGAGAAGGCUGAGCAUAAAGAAUUAGAUGGAGACACAUGCUCAGAAGUUCAAUCUGAUGUUCCUGCUCUUAAUGAUGAUGAUUACCAGACUUUUGUUAGGAAUCAUGGACUUAUUUCACAUAAGUAUACUCUAGACCUUGAAAUCUCCACAGAUAUAAAAGUGCAUGAGAAUGAAGAUAAUACUGCCAUAAUAAACAAUGUCAUGGAUGCUCACAAGCUCCUCAGAAAUAAGUUCUGGCCUUCUGUGCAGUCUUGGAUUCAGUUAUUUACCAGAGCAGGAAUAAAUGAUGAUCGGCUAAGAUGUGCCAUUGAUCUCAAGAAUAAAUUGGAGACUGCUAUGAAGAAAUACAAGGACAUGAACAUUUCCUUUAAAGCGAGAAAAAGAAAAGUG